AUGGAAGAGUAUAACGACAUGGAUGAAAAGUGGACAAGAUAUGUUAUCGAAUUUGACAAGUGUUCUCCAGAAAUCAUUCAAAAAAACACUUCUCCUAUUGAAGUUGAAAUUUCCAAGUUGAGCGAAGAAGAGGAAAUUUUUGUGUUCUCCAAAGGAUACUCGAAUUGGAUAAAUCCAGAUCACAAACAAAAACACAUGAUCAAUCCAAUUGGAGACAUUUCACGAUUUAAAACUAUUAAGCGACCCUUUGAGCCAUCUUCGUCUCCUACCGUCGAGGAAAAGCUUGGAUUAGUGGACAAUACAAGCUCUAUCAUUGGCGAAAAUCCUCUAAAAACUCUUAGGCGAAUUACGGAUUCAGAUGGAAGCGAUGGGUUUGACAUGUUUACCAUAACUGGUGAGCCAAUCAAAGAUGAAGACAUCUAUAAAACCUAUCUUCAACAAGACGUUGAAGAUUUAGAGAUGGAUAUUGAUGAAAUUGAACGACUUGCAGCAAUUGAAGAAGAUGCGAAGGAUAAAGCCACUGAAAGAAGGCUCUUGGGCUCACAGGAGGGCGAACAUGAUGAUGAUGACAGUAUAACUUUCUCUUCUGAGGAUAACACUGACGAUGCUUUCUUGGAAGAAGCAUUGAUGAAAAUGUCCAACUUUAAAAAUCGAAAAUGUUAA